GGCUCCUGGUGCUCUCUGGUGCAGUUUGGCGGGCCGGGCCGAAGCUGGGCCGGAAGUGCGGGCUGAGGGGAGCCAGCGGCCGGCAGACAGGCAGCCGCGGCCUUGGCCGGCACCAUGAAGCGGGACGUGCGGAUCCUGCUGCUGGGCGAGGCCCAGGUGGGGAAGACCUCCCUGAUCAUGGCCCUGGUGGGCGAGGAGUUCCCGGAGGAGGUUCCCCCUCGAGCUGAGGAGAUCACAAUUCCAGCUGAUGUUACCCCUGAGAAGGUGCCCACUCACAUUGUGGAUUACUCAGAAACAGAACAGACAGAGGAAGAACUGAAGGAUGAGAUCCACAAGGCAAAUGUGGUAUGCAUGGUAUAUGAUGUUUCUGAGGAUUCUACCAUUGAGAAGAUCCGAACAAAGUGGAUUCCAUUGGUGAAUGGGAGAGCAGAAAAAGGGCCAAGAAUCCCUAUCAUUCUGGUGGGGAACAAGUCAGACCUACGCUCUGGUAGCUCCAUGGAGACCAUUCUGCCAAUCAUGAACCAAUUUUCUGAGAUAGAGACCUGUGUAGAGUGUUCUGCCAAGAAUUUGAAAAACAUCUCAGAAUUAUUCUAUUACGCUCAAAAGGCAGUUUUACACCCUACAGCACCCUUGUAUGAUCCAGAGGAGAAACAGCUAAGGCCAUCUUGUGCUCAAGCACUCACACGCAUCUUCAGACUCUCUGACCAGGACAACAACCAGGUGCUGAGUGACGAUGAGCUCAAUUACUUUCAGAAAUCAUGCUUUGGAAAUCCUUUGGCCCCCCAAGCCCUGGAGGAUGUGAAGAUGGUGGUGUGUAAGAACACAACAAAUGGUGUGAAAGAUGAUGGGCUGAGCUUGGAUGGCUUCCUCUUUUUGAAUACCCUCUUCAUUCAGAGGGGUCGUCACGAGACCACCUGGACCAUCCUACGCCGCUUUGGCUAUGAUGAUGAGCUGGAGCUGACUGAUGACUAUCUUCACCCACUGAUCCGUGUUCCUCCUGGCUGUACCACUGAGCUCAAUCACUUUGGUUACCAGUUUUUGCAAAAGAUGUUUGAGAAGCAUGACAAGGACCAAGAUGGAGCCCUCUCCCCUUCUGAGCUUCAGAGCUUCUUUAGCCCAUUCCCUUCUCUGCCUUGGGGCCCUGAACUCUACAAUAUGGUAUGCACCAAUGAUAAAGGCCUGCUUUCCCUGCAUGGAUUCCUCUGCCAGUGGACAUUAGUAACCUACCUGAACAUCCACCACUGCCUAGAGCACCUUGGUUACCUGGGUUACCCUAUUCUGUGUGAGCAAGACUCUCAGAUACAUGCCAUCACAGUCACCCGAGAGAAGAAGGUAGACCUGGAAAAGGGACAGACACAGAGGAAUGUCUUCCUCUGUAACGUAAUUGGUGCUCGGGGUGUAGGCAAGUCAGCAUUCCUACAGGCCUUCCUUGGAAAGAACUUAGAGGCCCUCAGGGAGCACCCAGGAGAACAGUCCUUCCAUGCCAUCAACACAGUGCAAGUCAACGGGCAGGAGAAAUAUUUAAUACUGUUUGAGGCAGAAGCAGACACACAAUUCACUACAACGUCCAGUGUAGCCUGUGAUGUUGCCUGCUUGAUGUUCGCUGUGAAUGACCCCAAAUCCUUCGCCUACUGCGCCAGUGUUUAUAAGCAAUACUAUAUGGAUGGACAGAUCCCCUGCCUCUUUGUUGCUUCCAAGUCUGAUCUGCCAGAAGUGGUCCCACCACGCGGGAUGUCCCCAGCUGAGUUCUGCUACAGGCACCAUCUCCCUCCACCGUGCUACUUCACCAGCAGUGGUCCCAGUGCUCCGAGCACCACUGUUUUCACCCGGCUGGCAACUUUGGCCACUUUCCCGCACUUGAGUGAUUUAGAACUUCGCACAGCCUCCUUUUGGCUCCGGAUGACCUUGGGGGCCACUGUGGCUGCAGUCCUUGGAUUCACCCUUUACAAGACCCUGGUGAAGAACAAGUAAGGGGAGGGUCUGGGUCACACCAGACACUGUUGCUGUAGUUGGCUCCUCCUCAGCAUCCUGCCAGGGCAGAUCAGGGCUGCCCAUAUCCUGGAGGGACACUCCCUGAUGAGGUCUGCCUGCCUCUGCCUCAGAGCCCCUUCUACGGCCUCGAAUGGUAUUUCAUGAUGCCCUCUCCCCACCUUACUGUCUCCUCUAAACUUGGUGUUCCCAAUCUAUCUCAGGGCCCUUGGGAGGGGCUGAGGAAGCAGGCGGAUCUCCCUCGGAUCAUAGCAUGUAUUUUUGGACUUUUUACAUUUUUCAGGCUCAGUCACCUAAAGAAGCUGCCUAUCUCUCUCUGAAAGGAGGCUUGGGGCUAGCUUUAGGAGGUAGGACCUCUCUACCUUCUCUGCUUGAUUUUAGGGUAGCAGGUGUGAGGGGAGGGGAACAAGCAAAGCCCCAGAGGAAGCCCACAGUGGUCAACAGGACCCCAACUUUCAGCCUAGAUUUACAGUGGGGAUAGUUGACACACAGGGAGACUGCAGAAAUACAGUCUUCAGGGUUCUUAGCCAUGCAGAUCUCCUUCCAUUAGUCACAAACUGCACCCCAGCCCAUGCUUACUCAUUUGUAUCUGACAACUGAUUCCCAAAGUAGUAUCUCUAGCAGUGUUCUGGGCCACAUCUUUUCUCCUUCUCUGGCCCGCUUGGAUGUUCCUGAAUCUCCAUCUUCCCUCUCCCAGCUUCAUGCCCUUGGCCUCUCUCCUUGGCUGCAGAGUGCCACAUGCUUUUCUCUGCCCUGAGGGUUUGUGCCAUGCUGGCAUCAUAGGACUAGUGAAUUCCAAAAGAGCCAAUAGUGGGGAGGCAUACGGCCUCAAACCUGGAAUUCAGCUAAGCUCCAACUCUGGGUCACCUCCGCCUUCCCUUCCUCACCAGGCUUGGGGCUCUGCGGCUUCCUAAGCUAAAGUGCUUGCUGAAGCUCAUGAGUCUGGGAAUGGGAAUAGAGUCAGGAGAUGGUCCAUGGUCCCUGGACUGAGGGAGGCCAUUAAGGACUUUUCCACCAUGAGUGACCCAGAUUUUGGACUAAUGAAAUAAUCAUCCUUUGUUCACCACUUCAAUAUGCAUAUGCAUUAGGGCAUGAAGAAAAAGUAAUUUUGUUUCCCGUUUAAACUGGAAAUUGUAUCUUUUCUAUUGCUGAGACCUCAUACUUUGAAAAAUGUCUUUUUAUGUCAGCCUGAAACAUGUCUCUUCAUCCUCAGCCUUAGCAUGGGCUGGAAUUCAUGCCUUUCUCUCCUCUCUCCUCUUCUUUUUUCUCUUCCUCUCUCCCUUUCCAUGAAGGCAUAUCUCUUGAAAAAUCCUCUACAAGGAAUGAUCUCCCCCAUCCUAUCCAUGUCUGUUGUCUGUCCCCACCCCAUUGGCAUUCAAUGACUCAUCUGGCUCCUGAAUCCAAGGCAGGGUUAGGAAGCAGCCAGUUAAGCAGGGAGCAAACACUUGAACCUUUCAAGUACACUCAGGGUAGGGCAGUUUAUGUUGUGCUGUUGCGAUAGUGUUAUGUAAACUACCUUUUUAUGCAGUAAUCUAUUUUUAAAAAAGGAUCUAUUUUAGAGCCACAGCCUAGACACAUUCCAGACCUGGUUCUUCGUAUCUGGAGCAGUGUUGUGUGCUUGGUGCACUGACAUCAAGGGUCUGUGUUCAUCCUUUAGUUUCCUUUAAAGGGGAGGCUUCAUGUAUUUAAAAUAGAUAUAUUCCAUUUGAGGCUGACUGAGCUAUGACUUUCCUUUAUUAGUGGAAGAAAGGGGGUGCUACGUUUCCCUACAACAAUCUCUUAAACUUCACCCCCUAGAUUACAAGCAGAGACAUGAGGAUAGAACAGAAGAGGGGUGUUUGUUCACUGUCUCAUUCAGCUAGGAUCUUUGUCCUGGGGUUGGUGCACGCUCUGCCUCAUGUUGUCAAGAGGUCUCUGUCACUGGGAGUGACAUGGAUUCUGCUAAGGUGGCUUAAAGAGCCACUGUGGCAUAUAAGACAGGACCUGGUGGGCAGAGGGCUGGGGGACAGAGAGGUUUUGGCCCUCUUCAUCUUCUAAAUAAAUAUCCACUGAACAUUUGCUCUUGAGGUUGUGUCCUCAGGCUGUUUCUAGGCAGGGACUGGACUGAUUCAGCCCAAGAAAAUACAGGGCAAAAGCAGCAGUGUGUCCUAGAAGAGAACCAGCUUAGGGCAAAUGUCCAUUUUCUCUUUGAAAUGUGGUUUUCAAUGUUGAAGGGAGCAGGAUAAGACACUAACUUCAUGGCUUUGAGGAGUGGGCUUCUGGUUUCCUGUGUUCUGAUUUCCAGUUUGGGAACAGAUUCCUCUUAAGAGUUAGUGCCCCAGCCACUCUACAUUCCCAAUUCUUGGGCUACUCUUGCCAUUUUUAGACACAUGUGGGAGGAAGUUGGUGUUUUUAUAGUAGUAAGGGGCCUUGGGUUGUUUCUUGGUGUGGGAAAGAAUUAUACUGCUAUCAGGAGAAGGCUGGUCACCAGCCUUCACUAGUAGAGUCUGGUUAACAGAAUUCUCUCAGCUCCAGCGUAACUUUGGAGAAUCUAGCCUCAGCCUGGGAUAUGUACUUUUAUCACUGGCUGGUCACCAUGCUGCUCUAACAUCAUUUGGACCAGUGUCCUGCUGCUAAUGCUGCUCCCAUCCAGCCCCAGAGGAACAGUUUGGGUUGGGACCCCAAGAAAUGCCACUUCUCAUCUGCUCCUUCUGUUUGAGUAUCAUGAUCAUUGUCCAAAGCCAUAUAAUUUUAUGAUGGGAUAAACACUUUUCAAUAAAAAUAAGUGUGCACACUAA